CCCAGGAUCUGGCUGAGCGCCUCAAGCAGCCUGGCCUGCGGGGUCGGGCUUUGCCUGUCACCCGGCAGGACGGGGUAGCCCCGCCCACGAGGGCGGGUCUCCAGGACGGAGCUUCCGGUUCCCACCUGUUCCUUCCCAGGUAAUGGAGGCGCGCGCCCGCCUGGCGGAGUUGGUGCGCGCGGGCCGUGCGCGUCCGCUGUUCACCGUCUGCGGGGCGGCCGCGGACCCCUCAGCGGUUCAGGGCGAGUCCGAGCCCCGGGAGCCGGUCCGGAGGAGCCCGCGGAGCGCCCGCUGCCUCCCCUUGCGGGACGCCAAGUGGAAGUGCGGCAGCUUCCUGAGCUCCAGCUGCUCUUUUUCCCCAAGAAGAUCCAUGAGACACUCCUCAGGAUCACCUAAGUGGGUCAGAGCAUCCUGAGCACUGGGUCUUGGUGGAGAUGCCAGAAUGAGAAGGCGCAAGAGUCCUGGUCCCCACCAACCAGCCUCCUGGGUGACCAGUGCUGGGCCUGGGACAGGGGCCACUGUGCCCCUGGCUGCCUCCUCUCCUGCCACCCUCACCCCGUUCAACCCACAGAGGCCCCCAGCUGAGGUUGGUGUGACCUUUGAGGAUGUUGCUGUGCGCUUCUCUCAGAAGGAAUGGUGCCUCCUUGAUGAGGCUCAGAGACACCUGUUCCUCGAAGUGAUGCUGGAGAACUUUGAACUCAUAUCCUCUCUAGGUUGCUGCUGUGGAGCAGAGGAUGUGGAGGCACCCACUGAACAGCAUGUUUCUGUGAGAGUGUCACAGGCCAAGAACCCCAAUGUAGCUGUGUCCUCCCAGAAGAGCCACCCCUGUGAGAGUUGUGGGCCAGUCCUGAGAGACAUUUUCCACUUGGUUGAGCAGCAGGGAACACAACACAGCCUGAAACUGUUGAGGUGCGGGGCAUGUGCAAAGCAGUUUUAUUUCAGCAAGAAAGCCAUUGGAUGCGACCAGACGCUUGCUCAGGACCAUGGUGUCUGUAAUGGAGUACAGUGUUUUGUGUGCCAUGAAUGUGAAAAAUCUUUUACAAAUAUCUCUGUUCUCCGUCAUCAUCAGAAAUUGCACACAGGAGAAAGACCAUACGAGUGCAGUGAAUGUGGGAAAUGCUUUAAACAGCACUCCAGCCUUAUUCGACACCAGCGAGUUCAUUCUAAAGAAAAGACUCAUGAGUGUGGUGAAUGUGGGAAAUUCUUUAGCCAAAGGGCAGUCCUCCUGAAACACCAGAGAGUUCACACUGGAGAAAAGCCAUAUGAAUGUGAUGAGUGUGGGAAAUCCUUUAGCCAAAGUUCAAGCCUCGUUCAACACCAGAGAGUUCACACUGGAGAAAAACCAUAUGAGUGUGAUGAAUGUGGAAAAUAUUUUACCAGACUCUCUGGCCUUUAUCGUCAUCAGAGGCUUCACACUGGAGAAAGGCCUUAUAAGUGCAGUGACUGUGGGAAAUCUUUUGUCAGGAACUAUCACUUGAGUGAUCAUCAGAACUGUCACACUGGAGAAAAACCUUAUGAGUGCAGUCAGUGUGGGAAAUCUUUUAGCACUAGCAAUGGCCUCCUUUACCAUCAGAGUCUUCACACUGGAGAAAGGCCUUAUAAGUGCAGUGAAUGUGGGAAAUCUUUCGUCAGGAACUAUCAGCUGAGUUAUCAUCAGAAAUGUCACACUGGUGAAAAACCUUAUGAGUGCGGUCAGUGUGGGAAAUCUUUUACCAGUAGGAGAAGCCUCCGUUAUCAUCAGAAAUGUCACACUGGCGAAAAACCUUAUGAGUGCAGUCAGUGUGGGAAAUCUUUUGCCGGUAGGAGUAGCCUCCGUUAUCAUCAGAGAUUUCACAUUGGAGAAAGGCCUUAUGAAUGCAGGUCCACCCAGACCAUCCGCUGGGCCAUGCUCUCCCCCGCCGCCAUGGCUGCACCACCUUCGCGGACACCCCGCGCCCGGAACUGCCCGCGGCUCUCACCCACAUCUCGCAACAACCAGGAGCGCAGGGAGCCGCCUAGUAUCGCCCAGCACGCGCAGCCGCUACCCCAGCCUACAGAAAGCACAAGAGAAAUUGAAUAAUUCAUGAAUGAUGUGCAUUUAUGAUUUAUGUACUCUUGGUAACUCAGAGAACAUCAAACACCCUAUCCCCUGGCCUGACAUUUUAAGCAGCAUUUGGGGAAAGGGGACAAGACAGAACACAGGAGAUGUAGUGUUGACUUUAUAUAAGGCAAUAAGUAAGAAACCUAAGUAUUUCUUGGGAAAUAAAUUCAAGGAUGAUGAAAAUAAUUGGUGGCUUUGAAAAAUAUAGAGAUCUCAAGAGAUUGACUAUUGAUGCCAUGAGAGAAAUUGUAUUUGCUCUUGUGUGUUAUAGCUUUCUCUCGAUGCUUUGUCCUAAUUAAUUCUUCAUGCUGUCUUGUGAUUUUUUUCAGUCUUUCUGAGUAUUCCUAUCCUAUAUAAUAAAGAGGCAAUAUACAAAUUAA